AUGGCUAUAUUGAACUCAAACCCUGAAGUUCUUUUACGUAAAAGAAAAAAUGCCGAUAGGAAAAGAAUCGAAAAGCAAGAACAAAUUCGUGAACGACAACUCAACAAAAAUAAAUUGAAGAAAAAAAAUCAGAAUAAAUUCAUUCGUGCUGAAACAUUAGUUAGUAAUCAUAAAUCAAAUGAAUUAGAAAGAAAAAGAAUCAAGAGUUUGAUUAAAAAACAAAAGCAAACCCAACAACAACAAGAAUCAGCAGCAGCAGACUCUGGUGAUGCUAAAUUAUUAUUUCUUAUUAGAAUUCCAAAUCAUACAAAAGGAUUGAAACUUCCAUCAAAAGUGUACAAAAUUUUAAAAGAUUUGAAAUUAACUAGUGUGAAUACUGGUACAUUUGUAAAAGCUGAUUCUCAAACCAUGGAUUCAUUGAAAUUUAUUGCUCCUUAUGUUCUUGUCGGACAACCAUCAUUAACAUCAAUACGAAAAUUAUUUCAAAAAAGAGCUAGAAUAAUGGUUCCUGAUGAAGAACAAGAACAAGAAAAAACCACAAAUGAACAAGAAGCUGGUCAACUGGAAGAUUCAGAAUCCGAAACCAAACAAAAAAUCAUAAAAUUAGACAACAAUCAAUUAGUGGAAGAUAAAUUUGGUAAUGAUUUAGGAUUGAUUUGUAUUGAAGAUUUGAUUCAUGAAAUUUCCCAACUUUCAGAUAAUUUCAAUAGUAUAACUAAUUGGUUAUUACCAUUUCAAUUGAAUGCUCCAGUUAAUGGAUGGGGACCACAAGCUAAAUUGGCUAGAUUGCUUAAAGCUGAUGAAAAUAAACAAAAAAUCAGUCUUGCUCAAGAUUUCAAAUUACAAGAAGUUGAAGAUAUUGAUAAGAUAAUUGAUGAACAAAAUUAA